AUGUCGCAGCGUCAUGCCCUCUCGGACGACCAGGUCGCGGGUGAGCUCCGCAAGAUGACCGCGUUUAUCAAACAGGAAGCUCUCGAAAAGUCCAAGGAGAUCCAUAUCAAGGCCGACGAGGAGUUUGCCAUUGAAAAGUCGAAGCUGGUCCGCCAGGAGACGGCUGCCAUCGACGCCCUGUACGAGAAGAAGUUCAAGCAGGCUGCCAUGUCCCAGCAGAUCACCCGGUCCACGCUUGCCAACCGCACCCGUCUCCGUGUUCUCUCCUCUCGCCAGGAGCUCCUGGACGAUCUCUUCCAGCGUGCCCGUGAGCAGGUCACAACGACGUCCAAGGAAGGGAAGAAAUACCAAGGUGUUCUAGCUGGACUAGUCCUCGAAGGUCUCUACUACCUGAAUGAAGACAAGGUCGUUGUUCGGGGCCGCAAGAAGGAUAUCGAUACCAUCAAGAAAGCUAUCGUGGAUUCGCAGAAGGAAUUUAAAUCCAAGGUUGGCCGAGACGUAACGAUAAACAUCGAUGAAAAGGAGUAUCUACCAGACGGAUCAGCCGGUGGUGUGUCUAUUAUCGGAGGCGGUGGUAAGAUCGAAAUCAACAAUACCUUUGAGGAGCGUCUACGGUUGUUGGAGAUUGAUGCUCUGCCGGCUGUUCGCGAGACCCUGUUUGGCAAGAAUGUGAACCGCAAGUUCCAUGACUAG